GUGUAUAAACCUCCGGACACCCAUUCAGGCAAUCUGGAUAAGAACUGACAACAACGGCGCCCUUGACAUAAAUAUGCAGCCAUAUCCUAGAAAGUGGCUGGGCACCAGUGCUGAGACGGAUAUUAUAUACGAACUUGAAAAAAGCCGCAAUCAAACGCUAAUGGACCUUCACCGUUCUGAUCCACGCUGUACUACGACAGCGAAGGAGGAGCACCAAACCGCCGAUUCCACCCAGACUCCCGAAAAUCUCACUUUGUCUCGGUAUAACUUUAUGAUGGGCUACGAGAACGACUGCGUUCCGAAUGCAAUGACGUGCUCCAGCCUCCCUCCAGGGAUUCAUUUUCCCUCACUCACUUACGAAGUAAACAACAAACCGCUGUCCAUCAGAGGAAACGGAGAGCCACAACGAGUCACUCUGGGCACUCUGGAGUUUCGCCCCUCGCUGGAAUAUGUCACUAUACCAAAGCUGCUUCCAAAAGCGUUUUUAAGAGUUCGUAUGCAUAAUACAUCGGAAUUCGCGUUACUUGAAGGUCCAGCCAGUGUUUACCUCGACAACAGUUUCAACGGAAAAACUACAAUUUCUGCCACCGCAGUUCAAGAGGAAUUAUUCUGUGAUUUGGGUGUUGAUCCGGGUGUGCAUGUGACUUACAAGCCACGUCACAAAUACAAAAAGAGCGUUUCGUUUAUUGGCGGUGGAAAAACGAUGUCUAUUACAUUUACACAACCACGUCACAAAUACAAAAAGAGCGGUUCGUUUAUUGGCGGUGGAAAAACGAUGUCUAUUACAUUUACACAAGUGAUCAGCGUAACGAACAGCUAUCCUCGGAGUCUACAAAUCACGGUGAUCGACCAACUUCCUGUGAGCACUGACGACAAACUGAAGGUACAACUGUUGGAACCGUCAGUAAAAAACUUGGACAGAUAUGACUCGACAAAACCUGUUAGGAUUACGAAAAACCGGACAAUCGAAUGGGUUGUGAAAUUAUCACCAUGUGAGUUCCAGUUUGAACAAAUUCAACGUUGUAUCACUGUUUCCUGACUGGACCUGCUUUCAGUCUGUUCACCUUUGUUGACGAACACAAUUUGUACUGUUGAACUGACUGAG